ACUAGUUCUGAAGCGCACCACCAUUCUGGUUCUGGUUCUGAAAAUCAAAGAAUUGGUUAGUUCGGUUCGGUUCACGGUUUGGGGUUUUGUAUAACCCAAUUGGACCGUACAACCAAACCUUGGAUCUGAAAUUAGAACCGGACCCUUGGUCAAUAAAUAUUUAAAAUUUACCUUUUUUUAAACAUAAAAUGUAAAAAUUAAAAAAUCAAAAAAGCAAAAAAUGUCUAAUUUUUCUUUAUUCUCCCCCUCUUUCAUGCCUUUCUUUGUCUCUCAAGAACCUUGGACUGGAUUCUUAAAAAACCAUGCAAUUAGAAUGGAUUAUAAAAAUAAAUCAUGCAAUUGGACUGGUUUAUAAAAAACCCACCCAAAACCAUAGAAUUGAACUGGUUUUUAUGGUCCUAUCCCAUUCGAUUCUAGGGUGCAAACGGUCCGGUUCUUGUUCUAGUUUUCCUGGAACCGUUGGGAACGGUUCAAUUCCAGUUUCACCUCCAAACCGAACCGUGUGCACCCAUAUCAUCAAGUGUGUUCCACCAUGUGGAGCAUGUGAAGAAAGCCACUUGGCAUUCUAAAUGGGUUGAGAAAAUGGGCCCUUAGAACUCAGACCCGCCUAAUUAAUAGAUGGGCUCAAUUUCAAGCCGGCCCAUUGAAAACCUUAGUUGGAGUUGCACACAUCACCAACCACCAAAGUGACCAAAGUACCCUUUUUGGAGCAGUUAGGGAGACACCUCUACUAACCCAAAAUACCCUUUUGAAAUUAGUGGUUUAGGUGUCUUAAAUAGAUUAAGUACAUUCAAUAGAAAGUACUUAAAAAUAAUAAAAGAAAAAAAAAAAUCUAUAAAAACACAUCCAACCCUAUCCAAUCCAAUCAAAGUAGUAAUAGAAAGAAAAACAACCAUCUGUUGCAUGAUGCUACCCAAGAUCAUAUUCUGCACAGCAGUUUCAGUGGCCACACUAGCUGUGAUCCUCCUAGCUGUGAUCUCCCCUUCAGUCCAUAGAAAGCCACAAAAGAACCAAACAAGGCCGUGGCUAGCUCUCUCCUUGUACAUCCAACACCCCCACCACCCAGUUCCCAGCACCCAAGUGGGCCCACUCGCCGACGGUGCGUUCGUCUUCCACCACACGCUCACGGCAGGGCCCGAGAACACGUCACGGGCCAUUGGGAGGGCCCAAGGCUUCAUAAUCCCAAUCGAGCACUUUGCACAAUCUGCAUUCAACAUCAUAUAUCUUACUAUCGACGCCGAUGAAUACUCCGGCAGCAUUAGUGUCCACGCUAAGCACAUCGGCCACAAGAGCAGGGAAGAACUUACGGUCGUUGGUGGGACUGGGUCUUUUGCAUUUGCCCGAGGGCUGGCCAUCUUCAAACAGACAGACGGACAAAGACCGUCGUCGAAUAUUGAUGCAAUGUAUCAUGUGAAGCUACAGUUGAGAUUUCCUGAUCGAGACCAGACGAUUCCUGGUUGA